GCUGCGCGGCUUGCGCGCGGCCUUGAGCGAUGCUUUAGAGGCGGCGGCCGCGGCGAACCUCAGCGGGGAAGAUUCCUGGCCUGCGGGCUCUGCAAGCCUCUUCUGGGCGCUACUAGCCAUGAUCAGUUGCGGUGAGCGCAUGGACAGCAACUGGCAAGAAGUUUGUUCAAGAAUCAGCUGUCGCGGGCAGCCUCCGGUGACUUCCUCCAGGCUCCCAGCUACCAGCGAGGUGCCAAUGCUGGGAUAUCUCUCUAAGCUCCGCGACCUCACGGCCAAA